AUGACGAUACUUGGUAUUGGGGUUGAUAUUGUGCACCUCCCACGAAUAGCGGCACUGAUUGCAAGACGAGGCCGAGAACCAUUAGCAAAACGCAUUCUUAGUCCUGACGAGUAUACCGAAUUCCUACAGCGAUGUUCCAGUGAUCGCAAUAUCGAGCAGCAAGUAAUGUACCUUGGAUCGAGAUGGUGCAUCAAAGAGGCGACAUACAAGGCGUUAUUCCCCGUGCAUAAACUUGAAUGGAAGCAAGUGACAGUUGCCAAAGAUCAGGGAAAACCAAUGCUUCGUAUCCUAAAUAGUGAGGCAUAUGGCAUUCGAAAAGCACAUGUAUCACUCUCCCAUGACACGGACUACGCCGUUGCCCAGGUUAUUCUCGAAUCAUGA